AUUUACGAUUUAAAUCUUUAAAAUAUUUAAAAUCUUACGAUUUUACGAUUCAAAUGUUUGGGUCAGUUUUACUUAUUUUCCCUAGAAUUUGCAAAAUUACGCAUCUUUUUCUUCUCCACCAACACCGUCUAGUUCUCUCACACUAACCACCAUCGACCAUACAUCAAUGCAUUAAUCAUAAAAAGAAAUAUUUGAAGUAUAUUAUGUAAAUAAUAAUAAUAUAUGGAUGAUCAUUGAUCAUAUUAGAUAUAUACAUUAUAUGCACAAUUGGAUUUUUUCCAAGGCAAGCCCAAAGAGCAUGGGACAAAGCGCGGCCUCAGGGAGGUCACCGUUCAGAUUCGUGGUUCCAGGGUGGGCUUGAUGGUCCGUUGUAGUUUGGUUUGGGUUCAAGGUUGUUGGGCCGGUUCCAUCAUGGCCCGUUAUAGUUUUUAGUAAAUGAAUAAUUAGGCAGACACUGCACAACUCAACUCACGACCCAGAGCUGCGUCGUUUUAUGAAACGGUCUCAAAGUCGAGGACAUGUCGUUCCGAGUUCCGACUACCGAGUAUCCGAUUUUUGGCGAUUGACGAAACACGUGACUGACAGACCAAAUUCCCGACUCCGAUACUUCGGCAGGGCAGGGGGAGGGUUCGUUUCUCAACCGCCGAGCAAUAAGAGAAGAAGAAGCUUGAAAAGCAAAAUCAAGGUCGAAGCACUGGAAGACAUGGUGGCGAUUUCGCUUUACAGGGGGAAUCUCCACCGAGUCCCCGAUGCCCCUCGUCGAUGGCUGAUGCCCACCCGAAACCUCUCUCUCAGGGACUUCAAAUCCCUCCUCAACCGUCGCUCCAGGGCUCUCUCUCACCUCCGCUCCUCCUCCACUGUCCUUGUCGCCGCCGGUACUACCUCUAACCCUAACCCUGACCUUACCAUUUCUACCAAACACGAUUCCAAGGAAGCUGGGGAUCCUAUUACGCCUCAGUUGAAGGAGAUGAAAGCUGUUGAUGAUACGAAUCAUCGUGGCGAUGAGGAAGAAGGGCCUUCCGGGAGGGUUGGAGAAGGUGCUGAAGAGGACCGGGGCUUGUUGAAUGGUGGAGAUUGCUCGAUGAAGCUGGAUGAUGCGCCUGUUGAGAAUCCUGAAGUAGCUGAGAAAUGCCGAGUUGAGGUUGUUAAUGGUGAUGGAGAUUUGCAGGCUUUGUUCGCCGUGAAGCUGGAAGAAUCGGCUGAACCUAGUGCGGAGGAAAACGAAAAACCUGAGCUGUCAGGUGAAAAGGCAAAAAGGAAGAAAGAGGUUGAGGAGAAGUUGGAAAGUUUGAAUGCAAAGAAGCAUAAUCUAGUGCAACUUCUGAAGCAGCUAUUAAAUGCCGAGGACGAGCUAAAGAGACGAAGCACUGUGCAGACGAUGACAACUCGUCCGUCUGGUCCGCUUCAAGUAGACGUCACAAAUGAUUCUGGGUCAAUGAUCAGACAAGUCACUCCUAGGAUGGGGUCAGAGGCUAAUCUUGGUGCAGAUAUGGAAGAAGCUGAAACUGAAGAUGUUUCAAAUCAAAAUGUUCAUUCUCGUAAUUUACAAAGAAUGAGCAGUACUUCUCCAUGUUCAGAGUCUCCCCUUAGAAGACCUACCCACAAUGCGGUUCCACCCUUCCCAUCGCGAACAAGUUUGGGAGCCAGCCCAUCACGGUUUGCACCAACAGGGCAACAAAAUCAUCCAGCAAACGCACCACCCACAAUAUCCAUAUCUGGGACAAAUUACGCUCCAUCUUCUCCUUCUCCCAUAGCAUCUGGUGGCACCUCAGCAUUUCGGGAUGCUCGCCAACCUAGCCUUUGGAACUAGAUCUAUCUCGACAUCUUAGCUCUUUAUGCAUGAACUGCUGGAAUUCUGAGUCUUUAGCAGUUAUCCAGGUAACUACAAUGUUUCAUCCUCCUUGGCUGAUUCUCAUCCUGUAGCACUAGAACUUCUGGUGGUACUAUUGAUACACAGCCCAUUCAGGGGCCUUGUUUUCCAGCCAGUCUUCUUGAGGUAGACAACUAGAUAUCCAACAAUCAUCAGGUUUGUCUCCUCUCCUCGUCAUCAUUCUUCCAUGUAUAUCAAUUUAACCUGUAUUCAUUAAUUCCAUUCAUAAAAUCAUUGAUGUUGUCAACUGCAGUGCUAAAUAUUUGUAGUACUGAAACCCAUUUGAGUAUAUUUGUGCACCUUGUGUUGUAGCUAGCUGUGAUAGGUAAUACUCGUCUGUGGUUGCUCCUGUAAACAACAUUGACGAGAGAUGUGCACACUCUUGUUAUUCAUUGAUGAACCAUCACUGUGGUGGUUUAAUAUUCUUGCACAAUGAAAUUGUUGCGGUUUCUGUCUUUCUUGUUAAGUUUGAUGACCUCUACUUCUCUCUGUGUCUUUCGAAUGAGUACUUGGAUAUCUUUAAAUUAUGGAAGUCUUUUUAACGCUGUUCAAACAUGGUUUCAGUUCUAGUACUUGUUGUGUUAACUACCUUUUGGAGGACUUCGUUUUCUGAUAGAACCUGGUGAUUAGGGUUCUAUUUAGCGAUUGGGAUUGAUGGGAUCAAUUAGGGAUUAAUCUCCCUGUAUCACAAAAGUGGGGGAAUGAAGGGGGUUGGUGUGACGGGGAAGAAUAACGGGGUGGGGGGAAAUUGCUUGGGGACGGAAUAAGAAGGAGGGAAGGGAAGGGGUUUGCUGCUUGGGACGGAAGAAGAAAAAGGAGGGAAGGGAAGUUGGUUGCUCGGGGAAGAGGGAGAAGAGAGGAGGGCAGCAGGUUCUGUCGAGGGAGAGGGGAAAAAGAGAGGAAGGGAGUCGACUAAGUUGGGAGGAAAGAGAGAGAGAGUAAGAAAAUUAGGAUUUAGGGUUUUAAACUUUGCUUGAUCUCUAAUUCCACUUACAAGCAGUAUAUAUAGAAAUGAACAAUUACCGACUACUACCCUACUUAUCACUAUCUUCCCUAAACAGCCCAAAUAAUCCGAAAUAUUAAAUAACCGACAAUUAAUCAAAGUACUAAGAAUGC